AUGGAGGCCGUGAAAGCCUUUAACAGCGAGUUGUACUCGCUGAAUGAUUACAAGCCACCCAUUUCUAAAGCUAAAAUGACACAGAUCACCAAGGCAGCAAUCAAGGCUAUAAAGUUCUACAAGCAUGUUGUACAGAGUGUUGAGAAAUUCAUUCAAAAGUGCAAACCAGAAUACAAGGUACCUGGUCUGUAUGUCAUUGACUCCAUUGUAAGACAGUCCCGGCAUCAGUUUGGGCAAGAAAAGGAUGUAUUUGCUCCAAGAUUCAGCAAUAACAUCAUCAGCACUUUCCAGAACUUAUACCGUUGUCCUGGGGAUGACAAGAGUAAAAUUGUUAGAGUGCUAAAUUUAUGGCAGAAGAAUAAUGUGUUCAAGAGUGAAAUUAUUCAGCCUCUCUUGGACAUGGCAGCAGGAAUUCCUCCUCCAGUUGUGACCCCUGUCUUGCCCAGCACUACAGCUGCUAUGAGCAACAAUACACCAGGAACACCUGUGACUCCAGUUACUCCAGCCAAUGUGGUGCAGAGUUUACCUGAUCCUUGGGUAUCUCAGAUUGCUAAUACAGAUACCCUUGCUGCUGUUGCACAGAUUUUACAGAGUCCUCAAGGCCAACAGCUUCAGCAGUUGAUACAGACACUGCAGAUACAGCAGCAGAAACCUCAGCCUUCACUACUUCAAGCCCUGGAUGCUGGUCUUGUUGUUCAGUUACAGGCCCUCACAGCGCAACUUACAGCUGCAGCUGCUGCUGCUAACACACUUAAUCCACUGGAACAGAGUGUCUCUUUUAAUAAGAAGCUGAUGGACAGAUUUGACUUUGGGGAAGAAUCUGAACAAAAUGAAGAGACUAAAAAGGAAACUCCCACUUCCCAACUGCCUUUAGUACCAGAAUCUGUGAACAACUCACUUUUUCACCAACUAGCUGAGCAGCUACAGCAACAAAAUUUAGAACAUCUCAGACAACAGCUUCUGGAGCAACAGCAGCCUCAAAAGGCAAGCCCUGAGGAGAAUCAAGAAGGAAAUUUUGGUUCGGAGCACUCUGCCUCACCAUCACAAGGGAGCAGUCAGCAGCAGUUUUUAGAAGUGGAAACAAAUGUAGAUGAUUCAAUGGAUAUUCAGCAACAGGACAUGGAUAUAGAUGAAGGACAGGAUGUUGCUGAAGAAGAGAUUUUUGAACAAGAAGAAAAGAAAUCAGCUGUUCGUUCAAGAUCAAGAACUCGUUCAAGAUCUCGUUCAAGGUCACCAAGAAAACGAAGGUCUAGAUCACGGUCUGGUUCUCGUAAGCGUAAACACAGAAAACGUUCACGCUCAAGAUCAAGAGAAAGGAAGAGAAAGUCCUCUCGGUCAUAUUCCAGUGAAAGAAGGGCUAGGGAAAGGGAAAAAGAACGUCAGAAAAAGGGAUUGCCUCCUAUACGGUCAAAAACACUAAGUGUUUGCAGUACUACUCUUUGGGUGGGUCAAGUAGACAAGAAGGCUACACAGCAAGAUUUAACUAACUUGUUUGAAGAAUUUGGACAAAUAGAGUCUAUUAAUAUGAUUCCCCCAAGAGGUUGUGCUUAUGUCUGUAUGGUUCAUAGACAAGAUGCGUAUCGUGCUCUUCAGAAACUUAGUUCUGGAUCCUAUAAAAUUGGGUCUAAAAUUAUUAAGAUUGCCUGGGCUUUGAAUAAAGGUGUGAAAACGGAAUACAAGCAAUUCUGGGAUGUGGAUCUGGGAGUUUCAUAUAUUCCUUGGGAGAAAGUAAAAUUGGAUGAUUUGGAUGGCUUUGCUGAAGGUGGCAUGAUUGACCAGGAGACAGUAAAUACAGAAUGGGAAACAGCCAGAAGCUCAGAAGCUGCUAAAGAAAAUAUUCAAACUACACAGAGUGCUGCAGUUGAUAAGAGUACAGUUAUUACAACGCAGACAGAAGCUUACACGCAACCAGUCACUAUGCUGCAGAUUCCGGUAGCUCCAGCUGUGCCUGCUGUUAGCUUGGUUCCACCUGCAUUUCCUGUCACAAUGUCUGUCCCUCCUCCUGGUUAUAGCGCAAUUCCUCCUCCACCCUUCUUGCGAGCGAGUUUCAACCCUUCACAGCCGCCUCCAGGUUAUAUGCCUCCCCCAGUUCCACCUGUGGUCCCACCACCUGUGGUCCCGCCACCUGUUGUCCCACCAGUUGUUCCAACACCUUUAGUACAGCCUCCAUUACCAAUUGCACAAGAGACGAUGAAAGAUGUUCCUUUUACUAGCCUUGUUCUACCAGUUGGCACAGUUACUAGCAAUCUAGCUACUCCAACGUUAUCUGCUGGAAGCGUUUUUAAUCCUCUGCCAAUCAACAAACCAGAAUCAGAUGAAAAGGGAUCACAUCUUACAGACCUUCAGAUUUCUUCCAGUGAAAACAAUAGAUCUGUGCAAAGUGAUGUCUCAAGUAGCUCUGGACUUGUUGGAGGAGUGCAGCCACCCAGCGUCUCAAGCAGUUCUGGGCUUACUGGAGAGGGGCAACCACCCAGUGUCUCAAGUAGCUCUGGACUUGCAGGGGGAGUACAGCCACCCAGUGUUUCAAGUAGCUCUGGACUUGUAGGAGGAGUGCAACCACCAACUGUUUCAAGCAAUUCUGGUCUUGCAGGAGGAGUGCAGCUACCUACUGUCUCCAGUAGCUCUUCUCUUGCUGGCGGAGUUCAGCCAACCAGCGUCUCAAGUAACUCUGGACUUAUGGCUGGAGUACAACCGCCAAAUGUCUCAAGUAGCUCAGGGCUCCUAGCUGGAGUGCAUCCACCCAAUGUCUCAAGCAGCCCUGGCCUUCUGGCAGGAAUGCAGCCACCCAGUGUCUCAAGUAGCUCAGGAGUUCUGGCAGGAGUACAGCCGCCAAGUGUCUCGAGCAACUCUGGGCUUCUCAUAAUGCCACCACCCAAUGUUUCAAGUAGUUCUGGACUUAUGGGAGUGCCACCACCCAGUAUUUCAAGUAGUUCUGGACUUCUGGCAAUGCAGCACCCAGCUGCGGUUCAAAACAUGCCUCAUUUAAAUAUUAGUAGUCAAAGGAUGCCGGGAAUGCCUCUUAUAGAUAUCCGUCCAGGCCUAAUUCCCCAUUCGCCUGGACCAAGGUUUCCAUUAAUGCAGCCAGGAAUGCCACCACAGCGUAGUAUUCCUCCUCCAGCAAUCCUUGAUCCAUCUCUUCACCCACCACCUCGAGGUCCUUUUCCUCCAGGAGAUAUUUUUAAUCAAACAGAAAGACCUUUUGGAACACCAGGAAGACAAAGUAUCGAUAGCAUUUCUAAUCCAGAGAAAAGACUACCACUUGGUGGCGAUAACAUUCAGCAGGAAGGAGACAGAGAUUAUCGCUUUCCUCCAGUGGAAAACCGAGAUAAUCUUAACAGACCAUCUCCAGUGGAUGUCAGAGAUACUGUUGGACGACCACCAGUUGAUCCAAGAGAGGGUAUAGGAAGGCCUCCAGUAGAUGGAAGAGAACACUUUGCAAGACCACAUGUAGACAUGAGAGAAAAUUUUGGAAGACCAGGUAUAGAUAACCUUGGCCGAAGAGAGCAUUUUGGUUUCAAUUCAGACAAGCACUGGGGACAGAGAGGAGAUUAUGAUGAAAGAGAGCACCAUGCCUUCCCUAUUUAUGGUGGCCCUAAAGGCUUCCAUGAAGACAGAGAGAGGUUUCGGCAUGUAAACUAUAGGUUUGAUAGUAGAAGUGGUCCCAAUUGGAACAGAGGAUUUGAACAAGAUGCUCACAGAGAUUUUGAUGACCGCAGAAGACCGUGGGAAAGACAGAGGGAUAGGGAUGACAGAGAUUUUAAUUUUUGCAGAGAAAUUAAUGGGAACAGGUUUGGAAGAGACAGAAUGUCAAACAACUGGAUCCCCCCUCCACAUCCACGGGUUUUUGAAUAUUUUGAUGGGGCCACUUCCCAACGCAAAGCCGAUAAUAUGCCCCAGGUAAACGGUGAAAAUACAGAGACAGAAAGUCAGCCACCAACUGCACAGGUGCAGGAUGAUCCAGAACUUUAUGAAAAACUGACAUCUUCCGUCGAGAUAAACAAAGAGAAGAGUGACACAGAAGCUGAUAUAGAAAGUGAACCAGUGGUAGAAAGCACAGAAACUGAGGGGACAUAAUCAUCACUCAGUAGGCAAGAUGAAGGAGGUUCUGGCAGCUUACCAUGUCCCAGGCUCUGCAGAGUUAAGUGAGAAGUGCGCCCAUGUUCUAGC